UCCAAGUUCCAAGAUCGAAGGUUGUGACGUCAUGAUGGCCUAGUGAGACCCUGUAAACUAAAUAUUUCCCUUAAUAACUCGCCCUGUGGAUGGUCGGAGGACACUGUGAUACCUUCAUGAGCAAGAGCGACAUUCACCAAGGAUACAGAUAACGCCGUAGAGGCCAUAGAGAGGCGAAAUAACGGCCGCAGGGGGUGAAAUAUGUCCCGUCAUGAUGGUGUGAGCUGUGAUGCAUGUUUGAAGGCCAAUUUCCGUGGGCGGCGGUACAAGUGCUUGAUAUGCUAUGACUAUGACCUGUGCUCUGCCUGCUAUGAAGGUGGAGCAACCACUACGCGUCACACCACCGACCACCCCAUGCAGUGUAUCCUCACCAGGCAUGACUUUGAUGUGUACUAUGGGGGUGAGGCGCUUUCAGUUGAACAGCCACAAAGUUUAACGUGUCCAUUUUGUGGUAAAAUGGGAUACACAGAGACUUCCCUACAAGACCAUGUUACGGCAGACCACCCAGAUACUCCCUAUGAAGUGGUGUGUCCCAUCUGUGCGUCAGUGUCUGGAGGAGACCCCAACCACAUGACAGAUGACUUUGCUGCUCACCUCACCCUUGAUCACCGUUCAGGGGCACCCAGAGACCUCGAUGAGCCUUCUCUGUCUCGCCAUGGUGCCCGCAGGAUACCUCACCAGGGGCGGGGCAUCAGCAGGGGUGUGGCCCGCCGGAAUAUGACCUUCGGGAGUGUGAGCAGUGGCCUGUUCUCUCCGUCAACGCGGGAGUCCAUGGACCCCAUCGCAGAGCUCCUCUCCCAACUAUCGGGAGUGCGUCGAGCCACGGCAAGUGACAACUCUUCUGCUGCCUCACAGCUACAGCAGUUGCAGAUUCAGUUAGAACGGCAGCAGGUAGCCGGCCAUCCACCCAGCCAGGCAACCAGUCUCCGCCAGCAGUUGGAGCGCCUGCCUAGACGUGGGGGAGCGAGCAGCAGUGGCGGCGGCAGCGGUGGUGGCGGUGGUGGCGGCGGCAACAGCAGUGGCGUGAGCAGCGGCGGCGGCAGUGGAGGCGGUGGAGGUGGAGGUGGGACAGGAAGUGGUGGAGGUGGAGGAGGAGGAGGAGGAGGCAGCCAUGGGGGUGGAAUGAUGAACAUGAGCUCCAGCAACACUAGCAAUGUUGUCACCACUCACCACCAGCCUCCACCCCUGCUGGUCCACCCUAGUCCACAUGCACAGGCCCAGUCACAGUUCCUCCUUGCCCGACUGGGAGACAGUGAGAGUGACACUGAAGGUAGUGGUGGCAGCAGCGGCGGCAGCAGUGACCGAGCAGCCUUUGUACAGGAGCUGCUCCUCUCAACUCUAUGUGAACUGAGCCUUAGUCCGGGGGCCCUGGAGGACGCCUUCACGGCCCCACCACUCAUCCAGUAUCAGGGAGGAGGCAGGGGUACAGGCAGGGGAGGGACAGACAGGGCUGGCACUGAUAAGGCCAGAGUGUCGUCAGCUAACGUUGGCACCCAGACCUCCUCACCCUCAAGCCCACCUCCUCCAAGCAGCACCCCAGCCCCACCCCUACAGACCAACCCCCAGCAUCCAGAACCCAAGUCCAAGGGCCCCCUGAGUGGUGUGAAGCCAGCCAAGGGAGCCAAGGGGAUGGUGGUGGGCCGCUCUAGUCCUGGGAGUCAGCAGCCACAGCCUCAGCCUCCCCCCCAGCAGCAGUCAAACGGUGGAGGGGUGGUAUCACGGCCGCUUACGGGGACGGGAACGGUGGCCGUAUCCCCUGUCGGGGGCCCUGGUCGGGGACGGGGGGGCUCAGCGGGGGCUGUUUCCCCCGGGGCAGCCCGCAGGAAGCUGGCCCGGGGGGUGGAGGGGCGAGCCACGGAGCCUCCCCCGCCCCACUAGUGCCCGCAGAAUCUAGUCCAGCACCAGGGGGCCUUCCUGACGCCACCAACGAAGCCUGCCCCUGCCCCCACCCGUGCCCACCCUGCCACCCCUGCACCUGCCUGUGACUGCCACUCACCCCACACCCUCUUCAGCUGAGUUGCAUGCAGCAGCAGCAGCAGCAGCAAUGUGCCGGGAAUGAUUACUUGCAACAAGUGGUGGAGUGUAUGUGGGCCAGGACAGGCUGUGCUGAGAGGGACUACCCAGGAUGGGCCAUGCUAGGAUGGGCUGUACUGGGAUGGGCCAUACUGGGAUGUGCUGUGUCAGGACAGGCCAUGCUAGUGUGGGCCAUCUCAGGACACACUUGACUAGUAUGAUCCAUGCUGAAGUUGGGUGUUAAUGGAGGGUGUGCCAGAGGAGGCUGGGGCUUGCUGGUGCCAAGAAGAUAGUGUACAUAGCACAUGCAGUUGAUGCAUGUUGGGUUGCUGUGUAUAAAAGAUGUUCAGGCCUUCAUAAUACUGCAUAGCUUUACCCUAACCAUUCAUGAAAUCACAUUUAUUGGCAUUGUCCUCUCAGUACUGUUUCCUUCUGCCAUCAUUGAUAACCAGAAUCACUCACAAAUAUUUCCUAUACAUUAUACGUAUAAUUAAAUUUUGAUCAUUACUUAGGUUUGAUUUCCUUUUUUUUUUUUUUUUUUUUUUUUUUUUUUUUUUUUUUUUCCCUCUCAUCAAUGUGUUUGCUGACUUGAAAGAUUUUUUGUCCAAAUAGUGUUUGAAGUAUUUAUAAAUUGUAUUUUGUUGCAAAUUACAUAACAGUAAGUAAUUCUUAUUGUAGAGCUUCACUUUGCUUUGGUAUAAUGAUACUGAGUCAUUUUUACCCACAGCCUAGCAGGAGAUAACAUGCAGGUCACUUUACAUACUCUGAUUGACUACCUAACCUAUCUGGUCCACCACCAUGCCUCAAGGCUGUGCUGAACCCCUAGAGGAACCCCUGAGAGGCACCACACAUGCCACACCACUGGGACAAACUAGGACCAUUGGGAUGCUGUCUGUCUGAGAUGAAGGAAAAUUCUACGUGAUAGCUUAAAUCACCAAGACGUGUGUCAGCACACAUGGGGUGGUUGAUAUCCCUGUUUUAGAGGGGUACAGUUCUCACCCCAGUGAAGUGCUGGAAUAAUGAACACCAGGACUGUCUCAUGCUAGGCUGCAUAGUGAUGUUUUCUUAGUGCACUUAACUAAUUCUUAAAAUGGAUGAACAUGGUAGACUGAGAAGCACUUUUUUUUCUCUUGAGUAGCAUUGCAGCCCAACCAGAGCUGGAAUGUGUUAACAGUUUUGGGAAUGUUAAUGGAAUCAAACUUCUAUGUUAUUCAAGCUCAUCUCUUUUUCCAAAUGUGGAUCUUUGCAAUAAGAUUGGUAUGGGCUAUACAUACAUGUCUUCAUAGUCAAUAUUUUCUAAUUGUAUAUGUGCAGUACACCAGUUAUAUUUAGGAGUACCCAGGACAAGGUGAAUGAUGAUGUGUAUGGUGCGUGCGGCACAACAGGACCUGACGUCAGCCGAUGCCUGGCAGGUGUAGGGGCUGAUUCCAGCAGGUUGCUGCAGCCUGUACCAUGAACUAAGCUUUGUGGUGUUGUAUUAAGAAUUCAUAUAACUUGCGUAAUAAAAAAGCUACCAAUGGAUAAUGUGCAGCCCGUAGAGGGCUUGACUUGAGGGGAAAGCAUUGCACAAGCAGUAAGAUUCAGCUUCAACUCAGUGUGCCCACUUAAUAACUCAGCUGAGGGUUACUAAGGGAACAGCUUCUAGACUGAAGAUUACCCAAUGCAGUCGGGCGAAUACCCCAGCAGAUAUAGAGAACAUUUAUGUUAGAGCUGUAAUGAAUUGUUGAGUUCCCCAGUUACUCGGAGAAUAUUGCAUAUAGCUGCUUUGUAUUUCAAGCUCAAUAAGUUCUGUCUUGAGGAGUUCACAAGAGGAAGGGAGAUUGUCAGACCAACUACUACAUCACAAUAAUUUUGAGUCUGACAAAGGUGAUGGUGAAGGUAGUUCACCAGUUUUCCAGUGCUAGCUUUAUUGAUAUAGAUUUUGAUAGCUCUAGAGGUUUAAAAAAAAAAUAAUAAGAUCACAGCUUAUAACCACACACACAAGUAAUGCUUGUCAAUCUUUUUAUUAAUUCACACCCGCUGCUGCAGACGCUCCUAGGAGGCUCUAUCGACAUGAUGAUGACUUGUGCAUGACAAGUGUAACCAUUGGGGUCCCACACAGAGCAUCUUCCACAGUGUGUGUUUGUGGUGAAAGUUUAAAUGUGCAUCUGUGUGAUUGUUGUUUGAUGUGUUGCUGGAGUCUUGUCCAGUCCACUUUUGGUUCCAGUUUAGUUUGUCUUCAACGAAUCGGUGCAUCAGGUGAUGUGCGUCAAUUGUUGAUAUAUUUGUUGCUGUUGGGCAGUGGUAGGCUGGCAAAAAUUUUGCUGUGGUGUUUGACCUUUAACUGACAGUGUGUGCUUCUGGCAAGACUCAUUUGUGUUCCUGACUGACAGCAGGUGUGGAAGUGUUGAGUGUGUCUGUGUGGUGUGGUGGAGAAGCCUUAGGGGACAGUCAUUUGUAGGGGGGAGGUGGGGGGUGGAUGUGCAUCCCAUGCUGCAGAGCUGUGGUCGGCCUUACAUCAGUGGUCUUUCAAGAGAUGUGUAUGUCAGACCAGACACUGUACUUACUUGCAACAGUUUUGUUGUUGGUAGAAAAUGUACUACUACCUAGCUCUCUUGUUUGAAUUCAGAUAGAAUUUAUAGGCCUACACUUAUAGAGAGGUGCCUGUGUGGAAAAAAAAAAAAGUAUAUAUAGAUUACAGUUGUUUGCAAUUUUACGAAGUGAUGUACAAUGUUGAAUAAAAUUUCUGGUCCCAAGAGCGCCACUGAUGUUUCACAAAGCUUGUUUAUAUGUACGUACUUGCAUUGAGUAACGGGUGCCAGGAGUGACUGGCACUCGGUGGGGAGUGUGUACCUGCAGAAACACCACUUAAUACCAACCCGUGACACCGAGUGUGUUAAGGACAGUAGAUGGAGUUCAUUUGUUUGUGUAUUUAGAGGCCAAUUAUUUUGUUCUUUUAUUUUCUUGAUGCAUAUUUAGUCCUGUAUGAGUUUGGAAUGGACGAAUCAGUUUUUUGAUUUGACAGUUUUAGUCACUGAUGAUUUCUAAUUGGAAUGCGAAUGAGGAUGGAGUGUCACACAGUUUUGUUGGUCGAGAUCACGUGGAGUGUCACGUGGGGGUCUUCAACAACACUAUCUGGGAGUCAAUGAUGUUGGUGGAGGGCACAUGUGCUGUGAGGAACACCUGCUGUGGAGCUGUAACAUACCUGCUGUGUACUGUACUACUUUCAUUUCAGGUGGUCUGUUUUUAAUGUAAAUAAUAAUGCAGAUUAAUUUCCUCUGCCAUGCUGUCACUUGAUCGUAUUUGAAAUUGUAUUAUUGUAGGAAUGCUACAGCAAAAUUCUUUGUACAUAGAUGCAACAGAUAUACUGAACACUGUUACUGAUAAUCAUAUGGGAGCAAUGUUGAUAUGAUCACUUUAAGCCAAAUGAAAAAUGUUUAAUAGAACUCUAUCAGGAAAUAAAAAAUGUGACUAAA